AUGUCUCAGGUUCAUUUAGCUGCAUUGGUUCGUUUUAAUAAUUUGAAGAAAACUUCUUAUUCUGAAAUUAUGAAACCAUUAAUUGAUGAACUUAUAGAGUUAAGUAAUAAUGGGAUUAUUUUAAAAACUAACAGUAUGACUCAUUCACUUAAAGUAAGUCUUGCUACAGUUUCAGCUGACAACAUAGGUGUUCAUGCACUAGCAGGUUUUCGCUGCUGUUUUAAUUUAGGUAGGGUUUGUCGAACCUGUCAAGUUCAUUUUGAAACAAUGAGGCUAAAACAAUAUCACAUUGACUGUUAUUUAAGAACAGAUCAUAACUACAAUCAACAGUUGAAUGCAAUAAAUAAAUUUCCUGUUAACAAAUCUGUUUAUGGAAUAAAUCAAUCGUGCUGCUUGAAUAAUCUACCAUUUUUUAAUGUUUUGGAAAGUUUUCCACCUGACAUCCACCAUGAUUUCUUAGAAAGAAUAGUUCCUAUGGUUUUAAAAUUAGUUAUCCAAAAACUGAUAUCACAUAACAUCAUUUCUCUUAAACAACUUAAUUAUGAAAUAUGUAAUUUUUCAUUUGGGUUUAAUGAUAAAAAAAGUAAACCAGCGCCUCUAAGUGCAUCAGUUUUGCCUAAGAAGGGUCGUAUAAUUGGAAAAGCAUCUGAAUUGUGGUGUUUUUUUAGAUGUCUGCCAAUAAUAAUAUUAGGUUACAUAUCUAGUUUUAAUGAUGACUGCCCAGCCUACUGGUUGGUAUAUUUUGAACUAAGAAAUAUAGCUGAUAUCAGAUUUUCACCAAUUAUUAAAAGAGAUUCUCUUGGAUAUUUAGCUUAUAUGAUUGCAUCAUUUGUUAAUUCUUUUGUGGAUAUAUGGCCUGGAAACUUUAUUCCUAAAAUGCACUACAUGGUGCAUUACCCUAGACAAAUUGAACUAUUUGGACCUUUGCAACAUUUAUGGUGCAUGCGAUUUGAAACCAAGCACAACUACUUUAAGUGUCUUUCUCGUGUCGUUUCUAAUUUUAAAAACAUCACUUAUACAUUGUCUAAGCGCCAUCAAAUGCGUUAG